UUUAAAACUUGGAGGCGUUCUGUCUGCUGGGUCCUCGUCCAGCGGCUGCCUAAAAAGGAGUUUCUUCGGGGUGCAGGAAGAAGGGAGCAUGGUCAGCCUGAGGAACUUGAGCCUGUGGGCGCUGUUGGCGCUGGUUUUGCCGGGGGACGGUCUACCUCAUAGGGGACUCUUCUUUCCCUUCGGCUUGGAGCAAGGGGACGCCGAGUUGGAGCCCGGGGACGACGUGAGCUCCCCGCCCCUGGAGCUGCAGAUCCCUCUGCACUUCUACGGUUCCAGUGUAAAUUCGCUCUAUGUUCUUACUAAUGGCAUCAUUGCUGUGACUGAACCGCCAAGGGAAGAAGAUUAUCUUGGUCAAUUUCCUCUCAGUUUUGGAGGUAUUGCACCCUUUUUUGCGGAUUUGGAUACCACAGGUGGACACGGCAAGGUGUAUUAUAGGGAAGAUUCAUCUCCUGAUGUCCUCCAGCUUGCUGACAAGUAUAUUAAAAAAGGCUUCCCAGAUACUACCUUUCACCCACACAGUGUUGUCAUUGUUACUUGGGAUUCUGUGGCUCCUUAUGCAGGACCUGGAGAAUAUACCAUUUUGCAAGCCAAGAGAAACACAUUCCAGGCUGUUCUAGCAUCUUCUGAUUCCACCUCCUAUGCUGUUCUCCUUUAUCCGGAAGAUGGUUUGCAGUUCUAUAGUACACAUUCUAAAAAUGAUAUGGAAAUUAUCCCUGCUAUUGUUGGCUUUAGUCAGCCCUCUACGAAUUACUUCAUAUGGGUAAAAGCUGGAUCAUACAAUAUAGUUGCUAAUGAGGAAGAAGUCAUUGGGAAUCUUCACAGGAGCAGUAAUAUGGGAAAACAAGGAGUCUGGGCAUUUGAGAUUGGCAGUUCAGAAAAUAUCAAGUUACCAAAAAUUUCUCAAACUCCUGUUGGUGCAGAAUAUAAUGACUACGAUCAAUUCCAAGAAGUAACUACAGAUCCUUCCAUAUUACACCCAGAUUCUAUCGAGCAAGAAUCAUCUAUUACCAGAAGAGGAGAUCAACUGUAUGUUAGUUACAAUUUGCCUCAUAUAGAAGGAGAAGAUGGGUUGCAGUCUCCAUAUCAUUUUUUAACAGAGCAUCCUCCAAUUAAUCGUCCACUCCCAACAGGGAAAAACCCCACUCUCCAGUUUCCAGGCCAACAGUUUCCUCAGCCACACCCUCAGGUUAUCGAUGUGGAAGAAGUUGAUGAAACUGGAAUUGUGUUUCGCUACAAUACGGAUGUCCAACAAACCUGUGCAAACAACCACCAUCAGUGUUCUGUUCAUGCCAUUUGCACAGACUACCCAAAUGGCUUUUGUUGCAGCUGUAUUGCUGGCUACAAAGGAAAUGGACAUCAGUGUGUAGCAGGAGGCUCCCCCCAACGAGUUAACGGGAAAGUUAAGGGACGAAUCUUUGUAGGCAACAAUCCAGUUCCAAUUGUGUUUGAGAACACUGACCUACACUCUUAUGUUGUGAUGAAUCAUGGACGUGCCUAUACUGCUAUUAGCACAAUUCCAGAGGCUUUGGGUUUUUCUUUGCUUCCUCUUGCCUCCAUUGGUGGAGUCAUUGGAUGGAUGUUUGCCGUGGAACAGCAAGGACAUAAAAAUGGAUUCAGUAUUACAGGUGGUGAGUUUAUAAGACAAGCUGAAGUUACAUUCCUUAACAGUAAUAACAAGCUGAUCAUUAAACAGAAGUUCAGUGGAAUUGAUGAACAUGGACAUCUUACAAUCAGCACAGAACUUGAAGGCAAUGUGCCUGAGAUCCCAUUUGGCUCAUCUGUCCACAUAGAGCCCUAUACUGAGCUCUAUCAUUCUUCUAGUUCUGUUAUCACAUCAUCAUCUACGAGAGAGUACACUGUAACAGAACCAGAAAGAGAUGGCGUCUCACCAAGUUACACAGUUCCUUACCAAUGGCGACAGACGAUCACAUUUGAUGAGUGCAUUUAUGAUGACUCUCAUCAUUCUGUUUCAGCCACACAGCAGUUAUCAGUAGAUAGUGUCUUUGUCUUGUAUAACAGAGAUGAACAAAUUCUGCGAUAUGCAAUGAGCAAUUCAAUUGGUCCUGUUAUUGGUGAUUCAGCUGAUAUAAACCGCAAUCCUUGCUACACAGGCUCCCAUGGCUGUGACACCAAUGCAGUCUGUCGUCCAGGAACAGGCAGUCAGUACAGCUGUGAAUGCUCAGUGGGCUUCCAAGGAGAUGGUCGUGUAUGUUAUGAUAUAGAUGAAUGUCUGGAUCAGCCAACAGUGUGUGGCAGCAAUGCCGUCUGUAAUAAUCAGCCAGGAACUUUCAGAUGCGAAUGUCUAGAAGGAUAUCAGUUUUCAGCUGAUGGACGAACAUGUGUGGCUGUUGAACGUGUUGUCAAUCAUUGUGUGAGAGGCACACACACUUGUGAUAUACCUCAGCGUGCCCGCUGCAUAUAUACUGGUGGUUCAUCUUACAUCUGCACAUGCCAGCCUGGCUUCUCUGGAGAUGGGCGCUCCUGUGUGGAUACAGAUGAAUGUCAGCUCAGUCGCUGUCACCCAGAUGCUUUCUGUUAUAACACUCCAGGGUCCUUCAGCUGUCAAUGUAAAGCAGGUUAUCAUGGUGAUGGUUUCCAAUGUGUGCCAGGAGAACAAGAGAAGACAAAAUGUCAGUAUGAACAGGAGCAGGUUUUAACUUUUGGCCUAAGAGGAGCCAGACCAGUUGGCCAGUUUAUUCCUCAGUGUGAUGUCUAUGGGAAUUAUUUGCCAACUCAGUGCCACUCCAGCAGUGGAUAUUGCUGGUGUGUAGACAGAGAUGGUAAUGAGAUUGAUGGCACCAGAACUGGCCCAGGAAUCCAACCUCCAUGUCUGAGCACAGUUGCUCCUCCAGUUGCAGUUGGGCCCUCUGUAAAGCCAGAUGCAAUUCCUCUGCCUCCUGGAACACACUUGCUUAUUGCACAGAGUGGAAAAAUUGAUCAUGUCCCUCUAGAGGGGAAUACUAUGAAGAAAUCGGACGCAAAAGCUUUGCUAUAUGUGCCAGAUAAAGUUGUCAUUGGAGUUGCCUAUGACUGCUUGGAGAAAAUGGUUUACUGGACAGACAUCAGCAGCCCUUCCAUUAGCAGAGCAAGCCUAGGGGGAGGUGAACCAACAUCCAUCAUAAAAACAGAUUUGGAAAGUCCUGAAGGAUUAGCUCUGGAUCAUCUUGGUCGCACCAUAUUUUGGACAGAUUCUCAACUGGACAGAAUAGAAGUUGCCAAACUAGAUGGCAGCCAGCGCCGAGUGCUGUUUGAUACUGACCUUGUGAAUCCUAGAGCCAUUGUAGUAGAUCCUAUGAGAGGAAAUCUUUACUGGACAGACUGGAACAGAGAGGCUCCUAAAAUUGAAGCUUCAUACAUGGAUGGCACCAAUAGAAGGAUUCUUGUUAAAGAUGAUUUAGGGCUCCCCAAUGGACUGACAUUUGACACUUAUUCUUCAUUGUUAUGUUGGGCAGAUGCAGGCACCAAAAGGGUUGAGUGUAUGAACCCAAAUCAGCUUGGUCGCCGAAAGAUUCUUGAUGGAAUCCAGUAUCCUUUCAGCAUUACAAGCUAUGGGAAGAAUUUAUUUUACACGGACUGGAGAAGAGAUGCUGUGGUAGCAGUGGAUCACACAAUCUUAAAAGAGAAUGAUGACUUCCAACCACACAAGCGCAGUCGUCUUUAUGGAAUAACUACAGCCUUUGCUCAGUGUCCACAAGGACAAAACUACUGCUCGGUGAAUAAUGGAGGCUGCACUCAUUUAUGCUUGGCUACGCCAGGGGGUCGUUCUUGCCGGUGCCCGGACAACACUAUUGGUGUGGAUUGUAUAGAAAGAAAUUGAGAGCUAUGGCCUGGAAUGUUUCCAACCACUUUUGGUAACGUACUGUAAAUAAAUAGUUAAACAGCCAGUCCCAAGCGAAGAAAGAUUCUAAACAUAAGGAGUCUAUGCUGCCUGGGGCUAACAAGCCACAAAGCACCCAAGUCAGAGCUGCAGUUGCUACAUAACAGAAUACUGGCACAGCCCACUCCUUAAAUACCUCCCUCCUCUUUUAAACAUGAGUUUGGUGACUGGCUAUAGUUGUGUUUAUUAGACACCCAUCUCUAAUCAAAUUGUGGUACCAACUGUAGUCUGGGUUAGUGAAAAGCAUGAGAACCCAGGCUCUUCAACAUUUUAAUAGUUCUCUCCCAAAACAAUUUUUCUGAAGCCCACUAUCAGUGCAGCUGACUAAUAAGCUCUAAACACUGGAUAAAAACAUCCAGGAAAAGAGUUGAGGUAAGGUGCUGGAAAUCUUAACAGUGCAAUGCUGUUGACACCCCACAACCGGCACCUGAAGCAAAGAGAAUCACAUAUUGUUAUGAGUCCUUGUUGCAAAGACUUAACACUGUUAACCACUAGUUCUUCAAAGUUUAACUUCUAAAAGCUGGCAAAAUGUGUUACUGGAAAUGUAUUGCUGUAUUACUGGAAAAGACUGGCGCAGUUUGAUAGCAGAAACUGUUGGCAUGUCCAUAUAGCUAUGUUGUCAUAAUACUACUCUAGUAUUUCCAAAUUUUCACUGAUUUCUUUUUCAAAGGGAGCAAAGGGGCACAAUUCAUUGGAUAAUUAUAUAGGUCUAGUCCUGCUGAUUUCAGUAGGAUUGCACCAAGAUAAAUGAUCACUUAAUCAUUUGUCCUUUUGAUACGACAUUUUGGAUUUUUAUAAAACAAGUGACUUUUAUAAAAAGUGAAUUUUUUUCAAACAGAUUUUGCCAAACAAUCUUUGGUAUGUUUUGGUAGAACUGUUCCUUUUGGAAUGUUGUUUUGCCACUUUUUGUGGUAAUUCUGAUGUGCCUUCCUUUUACAUAUGCUAUGAACAACCGUAAAGGCUCAACAGUCUAUCAGAUAGCCAAAGUAUUUCCAGAUACAAGUCUUUGCACCCUAACUUGCUGAACAUACCAGUGCUUUAAGGCCCAGUUUUUGUGCCAAUUGCUAGCAAACACAACACACAUGCACUGGAAUUAGCGAAGUAUGCUGUAUAAGCAGAAUGCAGGUUAAAGCUGAUCAGUAAUAAUACAUUCUUCUGCAAAAGCUGUUUUAAGAAGAAUUGCAUUAACCUUGCUUUUCUAGUAGAAAGGCACAUCACCAACGUAAUAGGUGUAGUGAUCAUAUGGCUCUUUCUGAGUGCCAAUCUUUAGUGCAGUGGCAGAAGAACUAAAGCUGUAGAAGCCAGCCAGGUUACAGUCUUAUUAAGCAGAGCCCACUGGGAGCCUUCAGCUCUGUGACAAUGUUUUAAAUUGUGUAUUUAUCAUUAAAAUAUCAAAUGCUAUAUUAAAUGUUUUAAUGUUUGUAUAACUUUUAUACCUUUCGUGCAUUUAAUUCUUACCCUUUAUUAUACAUGUCUCAAACUGUAGAUAUCAAAAACUGUGCUGAAACAAACCAAAGGUGCUUUUAAUAACUGUUCCUGCAGAAUUACAUCAAUUUCAGGUGACAACAUAAAAGUUUACACACUGUACAGUUAAUCACAGUACUGCCAAUAAAAUAAUUCUUUUGUUUUUAUAAAAA